UCCGGGGGACGCGGCCGAACUGCUUCCGGGUAAACAUGGCGGCGCCCAUCGGUUUGCACCUGGAGUUCAGAGGUGGUGCAGAACUCUUGUUUAAUGGCACUAAGGAACAACACGUGAAACUUCCCAGCCAAUCAGAACAAUGGGAUGUCCGACAGCUUCUUGUGUGGAUUAAAACCAAUUUGCUCAAGGAGAGGCCAGAGCUUUUCAUUCAAGGUGACACUGUGAGACCUGGGAUCUUGGUUCUAAUAAAUGAAGCUGACUGGGAACUAAUGGGACAGCUGGAUUAUAAACUUGAAGACCGAGAUAACAUUGUGUUUAUUUCAACUCUACACGGUGGAUAAAGUGGCCUUUUUUUUUAUAUUAUUAUUAUUAUUUAGAAAAGAAAUCAGAGACGCUAUUGAAGAAAAUCCAAACCUGUCCUUUUUUGUGUGUGAAGCUGAAACAAUUGCGUUCUCCUGUUCACCCGAGAGAUACCGUUCAUUUGUUACAUGUAAUGUAAUGUUUGACCUGCACAGUGUUCGGGAUACAAACACUGCACCGAGCAAAGGAGUUCUCGCUAACAGAUAAAACGUGCUAUCUAUAAAUUUCUAUGAUUCCCCGCUUCAAAAUGGAGUAAUUUCUAUCUAUUGGUAAGGAAAAAGGAAGUUACGCUCUUUACUAUAAUUUUACCCUCUUUGCUGUAGGAAUAUCCCCCUAUUCUCCCCCCUGGUUAACAUUUAUUGGUGUUUUUUUUUAAAAGGAAAUAAAUACAAAGUUGUUUCCUUUUACAUGUUCAACAUAUACUAACGUUUAUACGUGUGAUGCAGCUUGUAGGAAGUCUUUUCAUUUUCUAUUUGUCCCUAAUCUUUUUUCUGAGUCUCUCUGUGUGUGUGUGUGUGUGCCUUUCUCUCCCUCUCCUCCACCAGUAUUACUUUAUACUGGAGCAUCCAAUCUCAAAUGACUAGACAAUAAAGCAUGGUUCGACGUGUAAUAUUAAUGACACUGACUGAAGAAAAUUUCAAUAACUUAAUAAAAGGGCUUUCUCUUUUG